UGAAGUUUGUCCCCUGCGAGGCGCCAUUCUCAAUAUCCUUUCCCCUUUCCUAGCGAGAUUUCCCUUUAACUGUUGCUGUUUUUAAGUUUUAAGUCCAGUGCCUUUGAUUCAUCAUCUUUUAGGCGUCUUAGUUAUAUUCUGCGAGUAAGUGGCAUGAUGUUCACGUCCACCGGUUCGAGGGGAUUGUAUAAAGCACCCCUGUCCAAGAGCUUACUGCUGCUUCCUACAGUCCUCACUGUGCUGCUGACUGUGCUUCUGCCUCAGUACCAGGAUCUGCUCAUAUACAACCUCCAGGCUGUCAGGCACGGCAAGCAGUUCUGGAGGCUGGUGAGUGGACGACUCGUCUGCUUGGACCUGAAAGACACUUUCUGCAGUAGUUUGCUUAUCUACAAUUUUCGGAUUUUUGAGAGAAGAUUUGGCAGCCACAAAUUUGCUUCCUUCCUUUUUGGAGCAUGGAUUCUCUCUGCUUUUGUGGACUUGCUGCUGACAGAGGCUCUUCGCUUCAUGUUUGAACUUAAAGUGGAUGUUCUUCCAGCUGGACUACUGGGCCCAGUCUUUGCUCUCUUUGUGCCUUUCUACAGCUCCAUCCCACGUGUUCAGGUCACUCAGCUGCUCGGACACGUUUCAAUCACAAACAAGUCUCUGACGUACAUUGUGGGCGCACAGCUCCUGACCUCAAGUGCCUACAUGUGGGUGGUUGCUUGUAGUGGACUAAUCGCAGGCAUGUUGUAUUACAGUAAUAAGUUGGCAGUCCAGAAGUUCUUACGUGUGCCAGGAUGGGCAGCCAGAUGUGGUUCGGUGCUCCUAGAGCCGGUCUUCUCUGAUUCUGAGCCCACUGCAGAGGCCCCGCUGGGGAUGGGUGCUACUUUGGACAUCCAGAGACAGCAGAGGAUGGAUAUGCUUGACCAGCAACUGCUCCUGUCUCAGCUGGCACACCUCAGUAGAAAUGCACAGCAACAACAGGCUCAGCAGACAGGUCUCCUGAAUUGGAACCGAUUCUUCCCCACUCUAAGGCACAGAGGACAGAACCGGCACCAUGAGGGUCCCCAGCAACAACAGCCCGAUAUCCACCCGCCGGAUAACACAGCUGUGGCUGAGGAGCAGGUUGCAAGAUUAAUGGAGAUGGGUUUCUCGAGGAUGGAUGCCCAAGAAGCUCUCAGAGCAUCUAAUAAUGACAUUAACAUCGCAACAAACUUCUUGCUUCAGCACUAAGACAAAAAUAAAGAUGACUUGGAGGACAAGGAGAAUGAGUUUUUAACUUCUGUAAGAUUACUAAGUUGAAAGUACUUAAGAACACAACACUGGUGGCAUAACUACACCUGUUGGAAGAAGUUAAGAGCACCCACAAUUGGUACACAACGCACAGGAGCUGAUGACGUCACUUCCUUUCCGACUGGACAGUGUGACGCUCCUUCUGCUGUGUCUUGCAGUGCUACUAGGAGUUGACUUGCAAGUGCAACCCUCUCUGGUCCACAGGAAAGAGUCAAAAUAAUGGACAAUUAUAUAUUGUGUCUCAGGGCUUGUACUAUUUGGCAUCGUCCUUGAACCUACAUCUUCUAAUAAUAACAAAUUCAAUAAUAUAUUAUUA